AUAUCGAUAAACUAACAGACGCCAAGCUUUGUGCGCCAAUAAUAUUGUAUAUCGAUAAACACAAAGAGAAAAAACAAGCCGCGCUACAAUGGCAGAUUUAAUUAUUUUUAAAAAUUUAAAGUUCAAUUUGGAAUUUUUCCCCGGCCUCGGGAACAUGAGCAAAGAGGUAAAGCCCAUGUUCUUCGAGAGGUUGAACGAACGUACAUCAAUGAUGUACAGCGGUGCAUAUUUUAACACAAGUGCAAUGAUGGGGUUACAGCCCCAAAAAUUGUACACGCUGAACUUGGACGAGUUCUGCCAUCACGCCCAACCAUAUGUUCAUAAGAUCUUUGUCAUGUACAUAACAGAUUUGGACACUGAGGACCAGGUACUGCUAUAUGCGCGGAGCACCUUUCCGAAGGAGGAAUCCGGCGAAUAUAUGACCAAUGCGGAGGAAACUGCAGAGUAUAUUCUUGAUGUACUGACGGAAAUACCACCGCAUGUACGACGCAAUGUGGUGGCCAUUGUGUCAGAUCGGGCGCGCAUGAAUAUGAGCGCCAUGGAGGACAUAAAUGUUCUCUGCCCAUAUAAGCCUCCCCCCUUGGUGUUCGAUGUGAAUCAUCUUUUGGCAAAGUUUUCCAAAGAAAACGAUUUGUUUUGCCUUGACUCCGUCCAACAAAUUAUGAAAACAUCCUUCCGCAAGGAGAGCUACAAAAUACAAUUAACAAAAAUACGGGAUGAAUGUAGCUCCGUAAACGUGUCUAAUUUGAGUCUGGUUUGGGCUUUUAUGAAAGCCAUUGCGAAAACCUUACGCAAUAUAUUCGAGAUCAGGGACGAGGUCGUGUUGAAACAUCUCAACAGUAACCAAAUGGAAAGUCAUGGGAAAUAUAUUGUUUCCCAGAUGCCCAUCAUGACCCUGGAAGACUGCUCGGAGGGUGGAGGCUUAUUAAAUUUUAUGGUCUUCGAUGCAGCCAAGCCUUUGAAGAUUCAGCGUAAUUAGAAGCUUUGUCCUGAUCAGACUAAAUUAAUUCAAAAUAAUUUAAAG